UGUAGCCGAACAAGAGCUGACGGCACAGCGACAUAGCAUGCAACUACAAAUGUAGCUUUUCAAAGAUAUGUACUUUUCCAAAUAUUUAGAUUAACUACAAUUUAACGCACAUAUUUAAUAUUUUCUCUUUAGUAUUUUCUGUCGUUCAUCUUCAACUUUGACAUCAUAUAUGCAAAGAUGCCUGUCCUGUGCAGCACCUGCACUGAGAAGCGUGCUGUGCUAAAACGUCCAAAAACAGGCCACUCCAUUUGUAAGGAGUGCUUCUUCUGGGCUUUUGAGGAGGAGGUGCAUCAGACCAUUGUGGCAGCAAACUUAUUCAAACCUGGCGAGACCGUUGGCAUUGCUGCUUCAGGUGGAAAAGACUCCACGGUGCUUGCACAUGUGAUGAAGCUCCUGAAUGAGCGGUACAGCUACGGUCUGGAACUGAUGCUUCUCUCUGUGGAUGAGGGCAUCACUGGUUAUCGAGAUGACUCUUUGGAGACGGUGAAGAGGAACCAGCAACAGUAUGAGCUGCCCCUGAAAAUUGUGUCAUAUGAGGAGCUCUAUGGAUGGACAAUGGAUGCCAUCGUGAAGCAAGUGGGACUGAAAAAUAACUGCACCUUCUGUGGUGUGUUCAGACGGCAGGCGCUGGAUAGAGGAGCUGUCAUGCUGAAAGUGGACAAGAUCUGCACAGGUCAUAAUGCUGACGAUAUAGCAGAAACAGUACUGAUGAACGUCUUACGCGGAGACAUAGCCCGUCUGCGGCGAUGCACUGUUAUCUCCACAUCCAGCGAAGGUGAUGGGGUUGUACCACGCUGCAAACCUCUCAAAUAUGCAUACGAGAAAGAGAUUGUGAUGUAUGCCUAUUUCAAGAAGUUGGACUACUUUUCCACUGAGUGCAUCUACUCCCCCAAUGCUUACCGUGGCUACGCGAGAACCUUUUUAAAAGAUCUGGAGAGCAUAAGGCCCAGCUCCAUCAUUGAUAUCAUCCAUUCAGGGGAGAACCUCUCUAUACGGGAGGGGGUGAAGAUGCCUGUGCAGGGGACCUGCAUCAAGUGUGGUUAUAUCUCCAGUCAAACGUUGUGUAAGUCAUGUGUGCUGCUGGAGGGCCUGAACAGAGGCUUGCCGAAGCUUGGCAUUGGAAAACACCACCGUUUGCAUGAGAAGAUUGUCUCCAAUCAGCAACUUACUGAGAAGGAGGAGAGGAAGUUAAAAGUGGUUGACAUUUGAUAAAUGAGAUGUUAAACUUGAUGUUCUCACAUUGAAAUCAUUUGAUGUAGUAAAUGAUUAUGGCUGUGUUUCAAUUUGUGCACUUCCACACUUCACUAUUGAUACUAUGCACAGGCAAUGUUUAUCUGCUUCCUCUUCGGAGCCAAGAUCAUGUCCAUCGCUGCACACUCACUAUUUGGGGUAUUUUACGUGCAACAUCCUGGUACUGGCAGUGCGCUGCAUUUUGCUGUACCUUUCAGUGGAAUGUAUUCAAAAUGCUAAAUGGAAGUGCGCACAUUGAAACAGCCUAUGCCUUCAUUUGCCUAUACAUUUUCAUGAAGUUUUCUGCUGUGUAGAUCAGUGAGGGGCUGCUGUUUCUUAAAGGGGAGUAGACAAUCAUCAAAUAACGUUGUCUCAGUAUGUUUUUGUUUGGUUUGCAAACUAUAAUUCAAUAAAUACU